GAAAGUAUUGAGAUUCGGCACGAAGACCAGGUAGUCAGGUACAUGUGGUUUAGUAGUAGGUGCUGAAAUUAUUUGUAAUCUUUAUAAUGGUGAGGAAGAAAAUAGAUAACCGUGUAAGAGUUUUAAUUGAAAAUGGUGUAACUCUAGGACACCGAACAAUGUUUGUGGUUGUUGGAGAUAAGGGACGAGAUCAAGUUGUCAUUUUACAUCACAUGCUCUCUAAAGCGUGUGUUAAAGCAAGGCCCAAUAUAUUGUGGUGUUAUAAGAAAGACCUUGGCUUCAGUAGUCAUCGGAAAAAGAGGAUGAAAAGUCUUCAGCGUAAAAUAAAGAGUGGCAAAGUGAAUGUUAAUGAAGAUGACCCUUUUGAAUUAUUUGUUGCAUCUACAAAUAUUCGAUACUGUUACUAUUCAGAAACUCACAAAAUACUUGGAAACACAUACGGUAUGUGUGUGUUACAAGACUUUGAAACCCUGACUCCAAACCUGUUAGCAAGAACAGUAGAGACAAUUGAAGGUGGGGGAUUGAUUGUUCUUUUGCUACAGACAGUAACAUCAUUGAAACAACUUUAUACCAUGAGCAUGGAUGUUCAUGAACGCUAUCGUACUGAAGCACACAAUGAUGUUGUUGGACGCUUCAAUGAACGGUUCUUGCUGUCUCUUGCCUCAUGUCCUCGCUGCUUAGUGGUGGAUGAUCAGCUUAAUGUGCUUCCCAUUUCAUCUCAUAAUCUUAAGGUGGACCCAGAAGGAAAACCUGAUUCUCCUCCAAGUGAACAGGAACUGGCAGACCUAAAAGAAAGUCUGCAGGAUACGCAGCCUGUUGGUGUUCUUGUUAACUGCUGUAAGACUGUGGACCAGGCUAAAGCUCUUCUGAAAUUUAUUGAGGCUGUGUCAGAGAAGACCCUGAGAUCUACUGUUUCACUGACAGCUGCUCGAGGAAGAGGCAAGUCAGCUGCUCUGGGACUUGCUAUGGCAGGAGCAGUUGCUUUUGGCUAUUCCAAUAUCUUUGUUACAAGUCCAAGCCCUGAAAAUCUCACCACACUGUUUGAAUUUAUUUUCAGAGGUUUUGAUGCAUUGGAAUACCAAGAACAUUUAGAUUAUGACAUCAUCCAGUCGACAAAUCCAGAAUUUAACAAAGCUGUUGUUCGAGUCAAUAUUUUCAGAGACCAUCGACAGACAAUUCAGUACAUUCACCCAACAGAUGCACAUAAACUUGGUCAAGCAGAACUUCUUGUCAUUGAUGAAGCAGCAGCCAUUCCUCUGCCAUAUGUUAAGAACAUGCUGGGACCAUAUCUUGUAUUUCUGGCAUCAACAAUCAAUGGGUAUGAGGGUACAGGCCGGUCACUAUCCCUGAAAUUACUGCAGCAGUUGCGAACACAGGCAGCACCCAUUGGCAUGUCAGCUGACAAAAGCAAGAGUCACUCUGCAUCCACUGGAAGGGCUCUGCAUGAAGUUGUGCUUAAUGAGUCAAUCCGAUACAAACCAGGUGAUCAUGUUGAGAAAUGGCUGAAUGAUUUGCUGUGUCUAAAUGCUGCAUCUGUGCAACCUAUCUUAUCAGGUUGCCCUCCACCAGACAACUGUGAUCUGUACUAUAUUAACAGAGAUACAUUGUUUUGUUUCCAUAAAGCAUCUGAAGCCUUUCUUCAGCGUUUAGUGGCACUGUACGUUGCAUCACAUUAUAAGAACAGUCCAAAUGAUCUUCAGAUGAUGUCAGAUGCUCCAGCACAUCAUUUAUUCUGCUUGCUUGGACCAGUUGAUCCAAAUCAGAAAUCUUUGCCAGAAGUUCUUGUAGUUAUUCAGGUAUGCUUGGAAGGUCAAGUGUCAAAGAACUCUAUUGUUAAUGGAUUAUCAAGAGGUAAGAGAGCAUCUGGUGAUCUUAUUCCCUGGACUGUGGCCCAGCAAUAUCAAGAUCAGGACUUCCCCAUGCUGUCUGGUGCCAGGAUAGUGAGGAUAGCCACACAUCCAGACUAUCAAGGGAUGGGAUAUGGCAGCAAAGCUCUCUCCUUGUUGAAAAAGUAUUAUGAGUUCAAGAUUCCAAGCAUCGAGGAGGAUCAGCUGCCUCAAGAGCACAUUAAGAGUGUUGAAGAUGAGAAAGUGGGCCUUUUGGAGGAAAGAAUAGAACCAAGAAAGUCUCUGCCACCACUUUUACUGAAACUGAGUGAGAGACCACCAGAACAUCUGCACUACCUUGGGGUAUCAUUUGGGCUCACAGCACCUCUCCUUAAAUUCUGGAAAAGAGCAGAGUUUGUUCCAGUUUAUUUGAGGCAGACAACCAAUGAUUUGACAGGUGAACACUCAUGCAUCAUGUUGCACAUAUUGGACAGCUCAGAUAGCAGUGAUGAUAGUGAAAGAGAUGAGACCAAAAAAGGAUCAUGGCUUGGAGAAUUUUGGGCUGACUUCAGGCGCCGCUUUAUAUCCUUGUUAGGCUUGCAGUUCCGCAGCUUUUCACCGGCCCUUGCACUUAGUGUGCUUCAGAAUAAGGUCUGCAAACAAGAGCCCACAGUGCUAAGCAAAAUGGAGCUUGAUGUGUACUUGACUAAGUACGAUAUAAAGAGGCUGGAGAUGUACAGCAACAAUCUAGUGGACUACCACUUGGUUAUGGACUUGGUUCCUGCCCUGGCUCGCCUCUACUUCCUCAGUUGCAUGGGUGAUACAUGCUUCUCUGCCGUGCAGUCAGCAAUUAUGCUUGGACUUGGUCUGCAGUGUAAAACUGUGGAUAAUCUUGCAUCAGAGCUGGAGCUGCCAGCAUCACAGCUCUUGGGGCUGUUCAACCGAACAAUUCGUCGAUGUGUUCAGUAUUUAGCAGGCAUUCUGGAACACUCCAUAAAACAGGGUCUAAUCCUGUCAAGAACUGAUGUCACAUUCAGCCCCAUUGCCAAGAGCAUGCGUGAUGAGUUAGAUGAAGCAGCAAAGGAACUGAAGCUCAAACAGCAGCAGGAGUUGAAGAAACUCAAACAAGAAAAUCUUAGUCAGUAUGCAAUUAAAGGUUCAGAAGAAGAUUGGACACAGGCAUUGGGUCCUUCAGGAAAGAAGCUCAAGAAUAUUAUUUCUGUCAAAACUGGUGAGAAGCGACCAACUGAGGGAGAAGAACUAUUUGAGAAACCUGCUAAAAAGAAGAAGCGCAAGAAGAAAUUUGAUCAUUAAUAUUCAUCUAGUUCCACCUUGAUUUGUAGAAAAAUAAAUAUGUCUACCACAAUUCCUCGACAGAA